AUGGAGCCGGCGGCGGCCGUGCCGGGAAACCUCUCCGGCGGCGGCGGCGGCGGCGGCAACGAGAGCGGCGCGGCAGCGACGGCGGCGGGGCCGGGCUGGUCGGCGGCGGCUCUGGCUUCGCAGGCGCUGGCUCUGCUGCUCAUCUUCGCGCUGUCGGCGCUGGGCAACGGCGCGGUGGUGCUGGUGAUCGCCCGGCACCGGCAGCUCCGCACGGUCACCAACGCCUUCGUGCUGUCGCUGUCGCUGUCGGAGCUGCUGGGCGCGCUGCUCUGCCUGCCCCUCGCCUUCGUCAGCCUGCUGGGCCGCCCGCCCGGCGCGUGGCUCUUCGGCCAUCGCCUGUGCCUGGCCAGCGCCGCGCUGCACGCCGGGCUGGGCAUCGCCGCCACCCUCACCAUGGCCCUGCUCUCCUUCGACCGCUACUGCGCCAUCGUCCGCCAGCCCCGCCACAAGAUGGGCCGCCGCCGCGCCGCGCAGCUGCUGGCCGCCGUCUGGCUGGCGGCGCUGGGCCUGGCCGGGCCGUGGUACGGGCUGGCGGGCGAAGGGCGGCGGGAGGCGCGGCACGGCGCGUACCGCUGCGUCUACGUGCUGCCGUGGGGCUCGUCGCGCCUGGGCCCGCCGUACGGCGCGGCGCUCAUCGUGCUCUGCUACCUCCUGCCCUUCGCCCUCAUGUGCUUCUGCCACUACAACAUCUGCCGGGCGGUGCGGCUGGCCGAGAGCCGCGUGAGGCCCCUGGCCACCUACGGGAACCUGCUGCGUGCCUACGGCGAGAUGCGCACGGCCACCACCGUCCUCAUCAUGAUCGUCUCCAUCAUCUGCUGCUGGGGGCCUUACUGCAUCCUGGGGCUGGCAGCCGCCGCCGGCCGCCUGCCCUUCUCGCCCACCAUGGACGCGGUGGCCAGCGGAAUGGCCUGGGCCAACGGGGCCAUCAACCCGCUCAUCUACGCCGCCCGCAACCCCAACAUCUCCGUGCUGCUGCGACGCAGCCGCGAGGGCGGCUACAGGACUAGGAACAACGUGGCCGCCUACCUCUCGGCCCCAGGCCGCCGGCCGGAGCCCCGCAGUCGUGCCGAGCGCGUGCGGGAGCGCUACGUCAACCGGCACGGCGGGCCCCCGGGGAGCGCCCCGUCCUCAUCCAGCCCGGCGAAUGGAGGAGAGGUGGCCAUGUGGGCCUGCAAGAACCCGGCCGUGCUCUUCUGUCGGGAUGGGCAGCCUGACGCCGUCUCCGAGGCCGCUUUGCAGGGCAGAGUUGACACCGUCAACACCAGCCUCUGAUGGGGUUGAGGGCCGGGAUGGAAGCAUCGGGCCCUGGGGCCGUCUCCCUGAGGAACUGGCGGUAGCCGCGGAUCUCUUGGAAAUCAGGGAGAUGGGCCUGCAUGAGCCAUAGUGUGAUUUCUUCUCCAUCAUGCAAGCUCUGAUUCGGCAGUCUGCUCUGCGAGCAGAGAGAGGUGCCAGGGAAAGGAUGUGCCCCUUCCAUCAGGCUUGGUGCAGUGGUGACGGCCGCUGAGCAUCAAGAGUUUGACUGCGUGAGAGAUUGCUCCAGUCCUGCAGAAAUCACCCAACAGGAGCUGCGGGGCAAACACACAGCCUGAAACUGUGUGAGCUGUUUGCUCAGUGCCAACAUAUAGCCAGCGAGAGCUGAGCACUGGCAGCUGGAGCACGCUGAGGGAACACCACACUGUGAAAACUGCAUCACGGCAGGAAAAUGUUGCUUUAACCCAUUGUAUGUGGCAGUGCAGAAUGUCGUAGGGUUUGGGACAGGCUAAAAAGUGAUUUGUGAAGGUGAUUAUUUAAAUUUCUAAGCGAAACAAAGCAGUGAUUGUUGUGACAGAUGCCUGCGAAGAAGGAAGAUGUGUGGUGCUGGGAGGGAGGGAAAGGAAGAUGAAAUAUGUCAGAAUUUCAGCAGCCUUUUAUUUAUGGGUACAGUCAGUAUAAAAUACUGUGAGUGUGGGAAACUGAGAGCUCUGCAGGCAGAGGAAAAGGAGUGGGUGUAUUGUAUUACAUGGGCACAAGGUGUACUCUGAGCUCGGCAGAUGUGUCUCACUUCUCCAAUGAUUUAACUGUGCUUAGAGGAGCCAUGCAGGAGUGGUGAGUGUCUGAAAGGAGAGGCACAGCAGUGCCAUGUGUGCUUGCUGUGCUUAAGCAUGUGAAGAUGUGCAUAUGCAUAGAACAGAUAGCACUGUAUCUGUGGCAAGAAUCUGUUACUGAAUGUGAUAUUCAAAAACUAGCUCUUUGUUUGCCACUGGAUAAAAUGAAGGUAACACCUUCACAACGCAGGAAAUGGAAGUGCUGUUGCAAAGUGCAAAUUCAUAUGAGUUUAUCCGUGUGAUAUUUUUGCCCACAGGCUCAGAGUCCUAACGCCUUAAUCAGUAUUCAAACUCAGAGAUUGUCUUCAAUUAAAUGUGAGAGGCAGGCAGUAUUUUUCUUGUAUGGUCUUCAGAAAUAUAGUGCUACUGUUCUACGGCUUUUUCACCUGAUUGUGACUCAAGUGAACGUACCGUCAUUAUUCUGCAGUGAGACAAGAAAUAAAUUAUCUUUUAUGCAGGAGAUGACAGCGUCUCAGCCUGGCGUUAUUCUCAGCACAGCCUUGAGAACUUCUGUAAAAAAAAAUUGCCAUGGAAUGGUCACAGAGACCUGAACAUUGUGAAGUUGUGAAGUCAGUGGUUGGACAAGAUGAUUGUAGCAGCCUUUCCCAGCCUUAAUGAUGCUAUCAGUCUGUCAUUCUAUGAAGAGUGACCUGACUGUGAAAUUUGAAUGCAGCCAUUUUUCAUACUGUAAAAAUUACUGUAAUUCUGUGAUGCUCCUGAAGUCCUGAAGGAAAAGAUGUGACCUGCGGAUAGAAUCAUAUAAUUGUUUGAGCUGGAAGGGACCCUUAAAGGCUAUCAGGAAAUCUGUCCCAACUCCAUAGUCAUCAACCUUAGGUGUCAUUCAGUGUUCCAGCUGCACUGAUCUCACUGGUAAAAGCCCUGCAAAAGGUGAUCCCAGCCACCUCCCCAGCCUCUUCCAGCACCGAUCUCCACUUGUUUUUAACAAGUACUUGCAAGUGGCUGAGCAUUAAGAAUGCACAGAGCUGAAUGGAGGCAGCUGGCUGUGCUCUUUGAGCUUCCCAAACAGCUCUCUUCUGUUAAACACUAACUUGGCAUGCAGCAAGGGAAGAUUCUUGACCAGACCUUUUCUGCAGUGAACCUGCUGCAGCUUUGCUAGAGCAGGACCUGCUCUGUGCCAGCCACUCAACUACAUGCCUCUAACUGCCCCCUUUUUCAAAGCGUGCUUUACAAAACACAAAUAAAGGGCGAAGUGUCUUAAACCACAAACAGCAGAGAGCAAGAGGAACACAGAAGGCACACGCCAAGCUUGCAGGCUGCCUUCCAGAGCGUGCCACUGGCUCCCAGCUGGGCUGUGGGUCACUGCCUCUCAGCAGCGGUGCAGUGGAAGCUCUCAGCCACGCUCUGAUCUCCCUUUGCUGGGCUGUAGCAAAGGGAUUUGGCCAUGUGCAGUUCCUGCAUGGUUAUGCUCUAAGAGAGCCAUGCUAUUUGGCAAUGCUAUACGAGCUGCUGAUACAGCUUAUGAGUUAUUUCUUAGAAGGGAAGCAUUAAGUCUUCAGGAGCGAGGAGUGUUUCUAAAGGUAUUGUUCCAGAUAGAGUCUGGCAGUUUUGCUAUAUCACAUUCAUUUAAGUCAUUACACUCAUCCCUCCCUAAUACCCAGGUGAAGGCUUGGUUCAAAGUGACUGCUUCUGUACAAUUUACAAACUACAAAUGAUUCGUUUCUAAGUGGCAGCCUGAUGGGAUGCAAUAGUUGACAACGAUCAGCAGAACGGGUGCAAGAUCCGACGUCUCCACUUUCACACUGGUGUUAGUGUGUGGCUCCAGCAGAUGCCAGCAGAGAUCUGAGCAGCUAGCACAGCCCUUCUGCUAACAAGCAGCGAAAAGCUUCUGCUCAUGAGAUCAUGAGAUCAAGAGCUCUGCCUGGCACUGGAUUCCUCCAGACAUUGGCAGAAACCCACAAAACAUUGGGGAGUGACUUCCAAAUACUGAGGACGCUGAAUUUUAUGAUCCUGUUGCUUUUAUAAACCAUGGGAAAGCAGGGAGCUGCAGCCAGGUGCACCCAGACAGUGCUGUGACAAAGUGUGAUUUGGGGAGACGAUGCUCAGCUUGCUGAGUGCAGACCAGGAGGGGGGAUGUCCAGCACUGUGGGCAUAUUCCUGUUUCUUAGAAGGGCUGAAGCAAGCCUUGGUUAAGGCAGCAGGGUGAGAGUCAUAGAAUCAUAAAGGUUGGGAAAGACCACUAAAUAUCCAUCAAGUCUAACUAUCAACCCAUCACCCAUGCCCUCUAACCAUGUCCCAUCACUGCUCCUGUACACAGGGCUAUGAGAAGCAGAAUCCUCAGCUCAGUUCUACAGGUUAAAACCCCUCAGUGUGAUGGGCACAAAAGCACUCAAUAGAUUUCUCUUCAAUCCUUCACCAGCCAUUCCUGAACACCCAGGUGGAAUUUGCUUAGCUGACUCAGUGACACAACACUGGAGGAAAAGCACUGGAGUAACCAGGUUGCAUUUCUCUGGAUCCCCAACACAGCCAUGCACAGAAUACAUCACUGCUCGUGGCUGUUUGAUUCUAUGAUGAUGGAUAGAAUUAAAAUUAUCCCUCUUCCACUGCAUCAGAGGAAAUUAAAGUGUCCCAUUUCUGACUGCUCCAAGCCUAGAGGAUGCUGUACGUCUCAGCACAAGGCAGAAAGGUGCCCGUUUAGCCCCCAAAUCCCAAAUAUCCCAUUUUCCUCCCGCCAGCAGUGGCUGCUGUGUGUGCUGCUUUGCACAAUGACUCGUGGCUCCGUGCUGCACACUCACCGGAAUCGCUUUUCUUUAUUGCAUGUUGCCAUCUUAGAAAAUGUACAGUCUCAUGACAUUACACAGCAUUUCCUGCUAGCUACGACUAAUAACAUUCUUGCACCUAACACACUACCUUGGUCACUACGAAGCUAAUAAAGUCCAAGACAUAUACUUCAGUUUACAAAUUGUUACGAUUUUUUUUUCCCCCCUUUUUUGGCAUUAUUAAAAAAAAACAAACCAAACCAAACUGUCUUUAAAAUACACACCCAAGAGAAAAGAGUGGCUACUUACACCAGCACCGAUCUAAAAGUAGUUUUCGACAAUGGCACAUGGAAUUACCUGCACGCAGCCUUUGCAGUUAUUUAUAUAGACAUCUUCUGUUCUUUUUUGGUGGGGGGAAAAGAAAAACAAAGACAUGGCAAAAACUCAGCCCAACCACAAGGCUGCCAUAAAACCAAACAACAAAAACCAGGUCUGGGAAGGCAGGAGGGAAUCUGUCAGGAUCUGUCCUGAUGUGGCACUGGGGCCCUGCAGGCAGCCGCCCCUUCCCAUCCAUCCACCGUGCAGAUCUGACGUGAGCAACCAUUCCUUAAACCAUCAGAGGCCAUAGGUUUCUAUUUUCGACCUUUUUUAUCUUUUUGCUUUUAUUUUUUAAAUCCCAUCCCCCCCCGAAGUCCGUUCCCUCAAUUUUAUCAGCCCCAUUGUUUGCUUUUCUUUUUUUUUUUUCAGCCAUAAAUAAAAAAUAUAAACAGAGGCACUUUAGUUAAGGAAUAGUAUUAGCAUUACCUUUUUGUCUUUAUUUCCCUCUCCUUCUGAAAGCAAAGUGCUCAACUCCACCUAUGAACAGAACCCGCAGGUCGCACAGCUGCUUGGAUACGAGGUGCUGGGCUCUCAUUUGGCGCUUACCUGCUUUAUGCUACUCGGAAAGUCUUUUUUUUUUUGUCUUUUUUUUUUUUUUUUUUUUUUUUAAUCUACAGUGCGUCCAAAGUUGCAAUGAAGAAAAGAACAAAAUGGUAAAACCACAGCUCUUGACGACUCCGUUCAGAGUGAUAUUUCACAGCUUUCACACAGCACGCAGACCCGGCGGCCUUCAGGUGCUUAGAACCAUAUCUUUAUACAAAUCAGUUCAAACAGCACUUUUGCUAUACAGUACAUAUCGUUAACUGACAUCCCACACCCCAUCAGCAAUACCAAUUAAUCUGACCGAAAAAAAAAAAAAAACAAAAAAAAAACAAAAAACCAACCUUAGUUCAAAUAGUGUUCGUAUGUAGUGCAACAGGGACAAACUCAUCUCUCCACAGGAAAAAGAACAAACGAACAAACAAAAGAUCACAAAGGUAUCGGUGGUAUCAAAAGGUUUCGUCUCGUUUCCUUAAAAAACAUACCACAAAUAAAUAAGAGCAAAAAGUAACAGUCCUCUAUAUACUCAGCAUAAUUUAAGAAUAGAAAUGUUAACGUGUUUACUUUUUAUUCUCCAAUUUUUUUUUAAUUUUCUAAACCUUUAAAUUAUUACUCCCUGAGAGCUUUGAAUUCUUUUUAUUUUUUUUUUUCUUUUUUUUCCUUUUUUCUUUUUUUUCUUCUUUUUUUUUUUUUUUCUGGACCGACAUUUUACAGGUAGUUCUGCUUACAAAUUGGCAAGGACGUAGUA